GGCCUGGCCGAUGUGGGGGGUGCUGGGGCGGUUCGUCGUGGCGCAAGCCCCGGCCCGGCGGAUCGUUCUUCACACCGUGUCCGCGGGUGUGGCCUGCUAAAGGGUUUCCUGAAGGGGCAGGGGUGACUUGGAGGAGGAUGGAAGGCCUCUGGGUGCCGGUUGUGUGGUGACCCUGGCCUGGGACUUACUCGCCCCUCCUGGGCUGGAGCUGUGGGGCUGCAGCAGGAAAGCCUGCACUGUUCGGGGCUGCAGGAGCCUUCAUACCCCACGUUACCAUGGCCACCCACUUCUCCAAGGAUCAGGAGGAGAGAAUCAAGUGUGUUAAGGGGGACCUUUUCUCAUGCCCCCAGACGGACUCCUUGGCUCAUUGCAUCAGUGAGGACUGUCGCAUGGGUGCAGGCAUAGCUGUUCUUUUUAAGAAAAAGUUUGGAGGAGUACAAGAGCUGUUGGAUCAACAAAAGAAAACUGGGGAGGUGGCAGUUCUCCAGAGAGAGGACCGAUACAUUUACUACCUGAUUACGAAGAAGAAAGUUUCUCACAAACCGACAUAUGAGAACAUGCGGAAGAGUUUAGAAGCCAUGAAAGCUCACUGCCUAAACAAUGGCGUUACUGACAUUUCCAUGCCUAGGAUUGGGUGUGGACUUGACGGCCUGGAUUGGAAUAAAGUUUCAGCAAUACUUGGGGAAGUGUUUGAAGACACAGAUAUAAAGAUCACAGUUUAUACUCUGUGAACAAAAGAGUUCAGAGAGCCCCAUUUCUCUUGCUUUCAGGAGUGGAAACCUGUUAACUGAUGAGGGGGGAAACUGCAUGCUGAGCACAUUCUUCGUCUGAGUGUGGCUCGCUCUUGUGUUGUCAGUAGCAGUGGGUUUUAAAAACA